UGCUGUUAGUUGACAGCUCACAGGUGCCCUUUCUUCGCUUAAUUUGCAAAUAAAAAUACUGUACAUAUAUUGCAUUUGUAAUGAUUGCACUGGAAUAAAAAUUAUAAUAAUAAUUAUAGCACAUGAACGACUACAAAGGAUUUUAAAAUUUCAUUACUCAGUUUACACAUCUACACAUAAGUUGGCAGUAUGACGAGCCAAGUGAAUGAAGCGAACCAUCAAAACAGUGAAAUAAAAAUCGAUCAACCACAGGAAUUGUGUUUUGAAAAAUGUCCAGAAAGUGGUGAAGAACAACAAAAACGUUUGGAAAUCGAACGUUUAUUGAUAGAGCACAAUGGAAAUAUUCCACUUUUAAAGCUGCAGGAGAUUGCACGUUCCGACCAUGGAUUAGUAAAUGAUGAGUUGCGACGAUUGCUUUGGCCACAAUUGGCCGGUGUUGAUAUAUCCUCUUUAGAACCUGCGCCCAGUCUACAAGAUUUACAAACACAUCCAGAAUACCAACAAGUGGUGCUUGAUGUCAAUAGGUCGCUUAAGCGUUUUCCGCCCGGCAUUCCAUAUGAGCAACGUAUUGCAUUACAAGACCAAUUGACUGUUUUAAUAUUGCGUGUCAUAAAGAAAUACCCGAAUUUACGAUAUUAUCAAGGAUAUCACGAUGUAGCUGUUACAUUUUUGUUAGUCGUUGGUGAAGAGGUAGCAUUUGCGGUUAUGGAGGAAUUAUCGACCAACCAUUUUUCGGAAUGUAUGCAAGAAACAAUGGAUGCCACUCAAAAACGUUUGAUGUUUAUAUGGCCGCUGGUAGAUUUAGAAAAUUCGCAUUUGUUUCAAUUUCUACAACAAUCUGCAGUUGGAACACUUUUUGCAUUGCCUUGGUAUUUGACGUGGUUUGGACACAGUUUAAAUUCAUAUAAAGAUGUAGUGCGUCUAUAUGACUAUUUUUUGGCCUCACCAAUUUAUAUGCCAAUAUUUGUGACUGCUGCUAUUAUAUUGUAUCGAGCUGAAGACAUACUAAAGGUUGACUGUGACAUGGCCUCAGUACACUGUCUUUUAUCUAGGCUUCCCGAUGAUCUGCCCUUUGAAGAACUUUUAAAUACUGCUAGUUUAUUAUAUGAUAAAUAUUCACUGACAGUAAUUGAAAAAUAUGUCGAGGAACUGGUGCGAAAAGAAAAACUGCAAAGACAAUUGGAAGAGAAGCGAAUCCAAGAGCGAAGGAAACAACUUGCUCGUAAUGCCCGUGCUGGUAACAAUAACUUGGCACGUUGGCUUCCACAAAUGCUCACACCGAAAUCAAUGAUCGUGACAACAGCUUUCUCCAUUUUGGUUGGCAUUUGUGCAUACUACUAUAAAAAUCAGUAUCUCUCUGCCGGGGUUAGUUGAGUAAGCAUAUAUAUGCAGCCUAGCCAAAAUCAUGCGCUACGGCAUGCAACAGCACCUCUUUGGAAUUGGAUGAUCGGCUUUUCAUUUUGCUAAAUAUAUGAUUAAUAAAAUAUAAUAUUCUAAAAAGGUUUACAAUUCGUAAUCGAGGUUAAAGUUACGUUCACUACCUUAUAAGUUUUUUAUUGCUCCUUCCAAGGUGGUAUUUAAGGAUUUAUUUUUUUUUUUUUGUUUUAUUGUAGCUAAUUUUUGUAUGUUGAUAAGAAUAUUGUUAUGAAUAAAAUUUGUUGUCGUA